GUGAUCUAAUUAUAUAUCCGAUCCAACUCUCGGCUCUCGACGCUUGGAUAGUGCGCAUGGUCUAUCACUCCUUCACGGUGGUUAUCGCUCUCUCGACUAGCAGCCACACCGACUGCCGCGUGCCGACCCCAACCGGCUUACCCUCGAUUGGAUCCCCUUUACGGCAUCGUCCCAGUGGACUCGCUGCCCCUCGUCACAUCCCUGCUCCAGCGUGGCCAGGACCCAGCCAUUGCGUCUUGGCCAUAGCCAGUCGCAUACAUAUACACUCGCUAGUUGCUGCGGCGUCUCGCCUCGCUCAAGUCAACUAGGCCAGUGGCCGUGCUACGGACAACUUGACCAUGUCCUUGAAGCAGGAAAUCGAAACCUGGGUACAGGCCCUUGACCACUACGAUAAUCAGGAAUAUGAUGAAGCUCUUCGGGUCUUUGGUGCGAUUGCAGAGACUUCUAAGAUUCUCUUCAACUGCGGGGUCAUCUAUGCUACGUUAGGAGAACAUGAAAGAGCGGUUGAGUGCUACCAGCGGGCUGUCGGCCUGGACCAGUAUUUAGCUAUUGCCUACUUCCAAGAGGGAGUGUCCAACUUUCUUCUGGGGGACUUUGAGGAGGCAUUGGCUAAUUUCAAUGAUACGCUGCUCUACCUCCGGGGUAACACCUCCAUCGACUAUGAGCAGUUGGGCUUGAAGUUCCGGCUCUUCUCCUGUGAAGUGUUGUUCAAUCGGGGCCUGUGCUAUAUCUACCUGCAGCAAAUGGGACCUGGCAUGCAAGAUCUACAAUAUGCAUCAAAAGAGAAAGUCACGCCCGACCACGACGUGAUCGACGAUGCUAUUCGUGAGCAAGCGGCGGGCUACACGGUCUUUUCGAUCCCGGUGGGAGUGGUGUACCGGCCCAACGAGGCCAAGGUCAAGAACCUCAAGGCAAAAGACUAUCUGGGGAAGUCCCGGCUGAUUGCCGCAUCUGAGCGCAGCAGCAUGCCGUCCGCAGCCAGCGAGGACCUCAAGCGGACCAUGUCCAUGCUGGACCACCGAAAGCCAGAGACGCUGCCGUUUGCCACGUCGCACCUGGUGCAUAAAAACCUGCAGAGUCGGAGCCGUCAGCAAUCGGAGCCGCCUCUGAACCGUAAUCUCUUCCCUCCUACUCCCCCGCCGGACGCAGACAAGGCGAGUACCAACAGCUCCACAGGUAGUCUCGCGAUGAACAGUCGACCGGGGUCCAUCCGGGCAGCGCGGCCGCCCCGGCUCGACCUGACGGCGGGCCACAGUACAGAAACGCUGGUCGAAAAGCCGCGGAUCGGCACGACGCGCACGGCGUCCGAGUCGCGGGCAGGUCCGGGUCGACCGGGGCCGGGGCCGGGGUCAGGGCCACGAGGGCCGGGCGAGUCCCAUGGCCAUCGACGAGGCAUGAGUGACACGGGCUUUGCCCCUACGGUGAGCUCGGAGGAGUCGUAUACGGGCACUCGAUCGAUGCCAGCGGGCGCCACCUGGCGCCGUCAACAAGAGCGGUAUAUCGACGAGCAAGAAGAGUAUGCCAGUGAUGCAUACGAGGACAACGGACCGGACGGUGAGUUUGAGAUCAUGGGAACGCGGCCGCAGGCGUCUCCGAACCGGGGGUCGCGGCGGGGGACGUCACGACGGCCGGAGGUGCGCAAGUUCCGAGUGAAGGCGCACUCGCGAGAAGAUACACGGUACAUCAUGAUGGAGCCGACAAUUGCGUUUAGGGAGUUUGAGAGUCGGAUUCGGGACAAAUUCGGAUUCCGCACAUUACUGCGAAUCCGCAUGCAAGACGACGGGGACAUGAUUACGAUGGUGGACCAGGAGGAUCUGGACUUGUUGAUGGCGGGGUCGCGCGAGGUGGCACGACGAGAGGGGAGCGAGAUGGGGAAGAUGGAGAUAUGGGUUGAGGAGCGAGGCGUGAUUUAGGAUUGCAUUAGCGUAUACCCUGGAGUUUGGUUGAUAUGGUAUGGUUGUAUGGCUGUAUGGCUGUAUGGCUGUAUGGUUGUAUGGCUGGUAUGGAUGAUAUGAAUUAUGACAAUGCAUAAACACGUAAGCA